AUGGCCAAGGCGAACACGAGCUUUUCCGUUCUCAAGAACCCUGCGGACUGGAAGACCGACUGGCUUUGCUACUUGCUGUGCGAUGGAUGCGCAUACGUACCUUACGACUCAUGGGAGAAGGGAGAGGAUAACUCUGUUGCAUGCUGGAACUGUCAAGAUAGGCAAUGCCCGUAUUGCUGCUGUGUAAGAUACAACACUUGGGCGUUGGGGCCAUUCUUGGGAGAUGGUGGGCUCUGCUGCAAGAACCUGGGGAAGUUCUGUUGUACAACAAGUGAAGGCGCAUGCUACUGCGAGAAACUCUGUGCAGACGACGGAUCGUAUUGCAUCGACGAUCGUACCUGUUUCUUGAGGAAAGAGCGCGGGGAGGUCGGGCAAGGCUCUGCGGGAAAGUGCUGCUGCGCACGAUAUCAGAGCGAAUGCAGGCUGGAGUUUCCCUUGGACGACGACCAGAUCUGCUGGAAGAACAAUGGAAAGUGUCUGUGCUGCUAUGGCACCGAUGAAUGUCAAUGUCAGAAAAUCGACUCGGCUGUAGGAAUCCUCGCCUGCUCCGACCGCUUCUUAUGUUUAUUGUGCUCUUGUUUCUUGUGCCCGGAGAGAAUGUUCAUCGAGCUUCUCAGCAAGCGAUAUUGGGGAGAGGCCAAGAACGCAGCGAGUGAGAGCGUCGAGCCGCUCGCGGCGUCCAACUUCGGAAACAACCAAUCCACAGGAGCUGAGCAAGCUGAGGCUGCCUGUGGAGGCAAGGACGAGGUGCCGCUCGCACUGAUGAUGUAG